AUUUCACACAGAACUCUGCCUCGACAAGAAGUUAACUUCGUAAUGCCGUGUCAGUGAGAUAGCUCUAAUAUAUAUUUCUACAGAGUACAUAAAUAAUUUUAUAACUCAAACAAAACUUGCUUCAUAUAUACAAUGUGUAGGAUCAGUUUUCCUUUAAGCCGAAAAUAAAACUCUUUAUUUCGUGGAAUGUCAUGCUUUAAUGAACUUGUGAGAAUAUAAAUUAAACCCGAGUUAUUACAUACCAUACGAAGGAAGGAGGUUGAAGAUUACGUAGCAGCAGUGGUAUAGUCAGAUUAAUACACGAGAUCAUGGCAGAGAAGGUCGCAUCAGACGAACGCGAACAAACCCCUAUACUGGAGAAGUGUACUAGUGGAGGAGAAGAAGACGAAACUGCGGCAGACAAAACGAUUAAAGCUGAGAAAUGUGCAAGUCCAAGCCUGAAUAUGCCUUACUUGGCUGAGAAUGUUCUCGAGUUAUUCGAUGAUGAAAACUUCCAAGACAAUUUGAAACCAACAAUGAUUCAAAUGAUGUCCGAAUUUAUAAACCAAUCGGUCGCCAAUGAAAUGAAGGGAUAUAAAAUAGAAGCACUGUUAGAAUCUAACAAGAUUCUCGUUGAAAUGCUCGAAAAUAAACAAUCAUUGAUAGAACAUCUAACGGUCGCAAAUGGGCAAUAUGAAAGUGAUAUUAAAACAUUAAUGUCAUUGGAAAAGCGGCUUAUUAAAACGUUCAUGAUAAAAGGUGACCCCGAUGCUUCAACGAUAUACAAGGACUUCGGUACCAGACGACGAAGCGGUAUACCUGAUCCACAGCCUACGUUUGGACAAUCUACAGAAACUGCGAUAGAGACAGAGCAGGAAACAGUAAUGGACGUGGCGAAUUUUCAUGGUGAUACACCUUCGACAGAUGUAGUAGGAUAUCCAAAAAUAUACAAAGAAGAUAAGUUCAUCGAGUCUACCUGGCGCAAUUUAGCAGAUCAAGAAAUAGAUGAAGGAAGAAAAGAAGGUGUUGGAAAAAGGCAUGGGACACACGCAGUUCUUUGUAUUGAUACGUCUGGUAGUAUGAAUGAAGGAAAUGCCUGGUCUCAAGUGAAGCAAUUUUACAAUGAAUUUCUUGAUGGCAUGGAUGAACUAAAGGAGCAAGACGCGCAUCAUGACAAUAUUGCUGUCGUUACAUUUGGUAAAGAAACAAAAGUUCAAAAGAGACUGACAAAGAAUUUGGAGAGCCUCAGAGGAAUCUUAGAUGAUAUCACACCGGAAGGUCCGAGUCCUAUAUUCGGAGGGUUAGUGAUGGCUGCUGCUGCAGUACAGACAUCGAAAUUUUCCUUCGCUUUUGUAAACAACAUGCACGUGCGCCCUAAAAUAAUUUUGGUGACAGAUGGAAUGCCGACAGAGCUAAGCUUGCUUAAUGGUCCAGACAAGGCCGAUCCUAAGAAACUAGAACAGACAAGAAAUGCAAUUUUCGACGAAGUUGCAAAGCUGACAAGAGAGCAAAUCGAUCUACAUUGUAUUUAUGUGGGGGGAAAUGCUGAUCGUACAUUUCUGAGAAGCCUACAAAGCGAGAGUAUAAAAGAACUGAUGUCGUACAGAGACGGAGAAAAAAUGGCAUUGUAUACAGUUGUAAAAUGCAUGCGCGAGGGUGAUCAGAGCUUUGUGCGUUGUGCUGGAGAAGAUGACGCCAUGAGAUCACAGUCGAUGCACGGUGCUGACCAACUUCCAGCUAUGAUGAAAAUGCUAACGGAACUAAUGCCUGGUCAAGGUGCAUCCAGUACCGGCGACUUAUCGAAAUUCCUUGGACUGAAGAGACAACUCUCAAGAGAGAAAGCUAAACCUCCCAUUCCAGGUUUGGAUAGGCGUGCAGGAUACAAGACUUCAACGAUUAUUAUGGCUGGAGACCGACUUGUCAAUGUGUACAAAGAAAUACAUGAUCAAAAACAUCCUCCUAUUGGUACAAGGGUAGAGCGGGGUGAUGACUGGACAUGGGGAAACCAGGAUAAUGGUAGGACUGGUACAAUUAUUGGCCAUGCGACAGAUCCUGAAGAAGACGACGGUCAAUGUUGGGUGCAUGUAGAAUGGGAUGAUGAUAGCAGUCCAGAAAAGGGCAAACAAAAUGUUUAUCGAUACAAAAUGGAUGCAGACAUGGAAGAGGAUGUGAGGGAAUCGGCGGAACGAGACAGAAAACCUCCACCGGGAAAGGUUCUUGCUGUUGGCUGUAGAGUUAAACCUGGAGACCAGUUCAAAGGAGAUAGUGCCAAUAAAGAAGGAACUGUCAUAAGAUUCAUUAAACAUCGUGCAGAGGUAAAAUGGGAUGAUGGUACUCGAGGAAGAUAUGGGUUUGGAAGUCGUGCAACUGAGAUUGUACCAAUUAUGGAUCCAGAAAGAACAGCCUUUGUAGCUCCAACAAAUCCCGAAGUGAAUCCAAAUGUACUGAAAGGAGGAUAUGAUGUCUGGGGUAAUUAUUCAGAUGUACCAACGGUUAAGGUGACAGAGAAGCACAUAAAACGUAUAGCUCAGACGAUUUCUUCUGGUUGGCAGGCUGUGGGUACCGAACUAGGUUUGACAAAUGUCAAGAUGAGUCACAUAGAGAGAGAUAAACGGGAGUCAGUCGUUAAUCAGAUAAUACAAAUGCUGAGCACUUGGAAGCAAAUUACCAAGAAUGAUACACUGGAUGUACUUGUAAAAGCCAUUGUAGCGUCUGGAGUGAGUUAUGAUAAGGACUUGUUACGGAAAAUCAUAAGCGAAAUACGUCAAGAAAAAAGUGCUGUGCACAGUAAUUGAUCCGUACAAAAUCAAGAGAGUCGGAAUUUUUCUAAUUUGUAUAAAUUUUGACAUUCAUUCUGGCAAAAAAAUUUGCAGAACAAACAUAUUCAUUGUAGUGAUUUUAUUUCAAAGCUAUUAGAUCUUGGGUCGUCAAAAAUAUGUGUAUUGAUUAUAAAUCUUCAAUUAUAAAAAAAAUAUCUAUAUAAAUUUAUCGCAAUUAUUAGACAUUGUUUUAAAAGAAACCCUUAUAGCGAAAAUUUAAUUUUUUUAGAAAGUUUUUUUUUGUCUGCUUUGAAUAACCUUAAAAUGUAAACAGAUUAUAAAUGUUUCAGACUUCGAUUAUCUGUUCAACCAAAUCAGUAUGUUCCUGACUUCCGGUUUUUAGUUUUUAAACAAAGAUAAAGUUACACAUCAUGCUACAGGUCUUAACGGCCAGUGGUAGGAAAUAUCUAAAUUUCAAAAAGUCUUAAAUAUUGUUAAUUUUAUGGCGACUUUUUAAAAUUUUCUGUCCUAAAGCAAAAAUAUCUUUUGAACUUAAAAUACAGAGAAACGUUGCUUUUAUGCUAACAAUGAUGUCUUACAUGUUUUAUAACAUUCCAUCAACAAGUAUUUUGAAACGUUCCGUUCUAAAACUUUUAACCUUUACACCUUUUAAAACCGGGUUAUGACGAUAAAUUCAAAACUUAUGAUACUUCGAAAAAACUUUUGAAAAAAAAAAAUGAAAUCGUAAUUUACCAUCAAUGAUGUAUCAAAAUCAUUUUUUGACGAUUAUGCAAAACUCUCAUAGUUUGACAUGUUUUAAGUGUUCAACAAUAUUGUUGAAAUCGAAGUCAGUGGGAAACGUUGUUACAUUAAAGCUAAGCUUACAAUAAGAUUUUACUUCGUCCUCCUAUUGUUUAUUAAUUGAAUUAAAAAUUAGUUUCGCUGUUUCUGAAAUCAUUAUAUUGACAUUUCAUCUUUACAUUUACAACUAAAUUUUAUUCUCAUUUCAUAAGUUUGGUUGAUGAAAUUUAAUUGAAAGGCGUAAAUUUCAUGUCUAAAUCACACUGUCUGCUACUGGCAGCGGCCUUUGAAUGUUGCUUUUUCUGUUGGGUGUUUUUUCCUUUUUUAUACAAUUAUUGAUUCGUAUUUUUUCUGAUACAAUUUAUUGCUUUCAUAUAACAUAUCUUAUUUUACUUGUAACGAUGCAUACACUUAGAGGAAAAUGAUUAUGUUCAAAAUGUUUGGCCAGGGUAUUAAUCAAGUAAUACCACAUAAUAAUUAUAUUAGACAUAUCAUUACCAGCAGUUUUAGAAAAAAACAUUUCUCAGAGAAACCUUCUGAAUGGACGUGACCAAUUUUACAGUAACUCUUGUUUGGCAACUUCAUUCUUUGGUCAGAUAUUUAAGCUAGGGGAACAGAUGGUUCUACGGUUCUAAAUGUUUAUUGUCUUUUGAAGUUUCCGAAACAGUGUAUUGUAUACUUUGUAAAUAGAAAUAAUGAUAUAUUUGUUUUUAUGAAAGGGUGAAGGGAAUUUUGCUUAAUCAAGUUCAACGUUUGCUUUAAAAACAAAGUUUUGCGUUGUAAAUCGUCUGAUUUACACUGUUCAGGGUUCAGAUGCAAAGGGCAUUAUCCAAGCAUCUGAACGAAGGACUAUGGUAAAUAAGAGGAAAAACCACAAUACUGUUUUGUCAUUCCUACAUGCUCGUUAAAUAUUUUGACCUUCAUCCAACAGUCGUAGGUCGCAUCACUUGAGCUUCAUUUCCGUCUUUUUGUAAUGAUGAUAAUUCAGCAUCUAACCAUUUUUCGUUGUUCUGAAAGCAAAUCAUUAUUAUGUUAUACACAAUAUAUGUAUUUGGAUCGUUUAUUAUAAAAUUUGAUUGUUAUGAUUACUGAAUAUAUACAAUCGACUUAAUGGCAUAUCAAACGUUUGAGAAAUUCAAUAUUUUGGCUUUAAUAUUCCAUUUUGUUACAUUUUUUAUCUUUAUUUGCACAUUUGUAUUUAUCCUAAAUCUUGAUAAAUAUUCAUAUAAUAAUCAAUUACAAAUAAGGGAAAUAAAUAGAAAACAGAAUGAAAGUAUAAUUAUACAUAAUUAUCAAGUCUGUAUGUAUUGCCAGUUUCAUUGGUCUAAAUAGAGUCACAUUAUUAGUGAUAAUAUGAGGUUAUUAACAGUGUUGAGUACAAUACGGAAUUUAAUUUCAUAUCUAUAUAAUUCGACCAAUUGAAAGUUUAUCUUUUUGUCACGUAAUAAUACAAUAGAUAAUAGAUUUGUAUUGCGUAAUUUAAAAUGUAUUUAUGGAUUUUAUAAAUGUAACAAAAUUCGAAACAUGCAGUCCAAAAAACGCCAUAUUUUUUCGUACUGGCCAAUACAACUUUUUCAUAUUCUUUAAUGUAAAGAGUAGUUCGGGAUUAUUUCCCUUGAAUAAAACUACGAGUAAAAUUAUAAAAGAAUGCAGUAAUUUUCUUAUCUCUAAACGAAACAGAUAUGUAUGAUCACUCAAUUUCUUAGUGAGAACAUUUCCUAUCCGAUAAUUUCUUUUUAUUUAUUUAUUUUUUUUUAUU